CCAUUUUCUGUCCAACGCUUGUUCCAGAAGAGCUGAGACUUGCAUUUUGCUGGUGACAUUCAACCUUUAAAGAUGACAGAUUCCCAAAAUGUAAUGAAAGAAGAGAAAAAACUCAGUCUCAAACUUGAGAAAUAUGUAGUUCUUCCAGGUAAAAUGUCUGGGUACCACACUGAAGGAUUUCUGGGUGAGGGCUCCUAUGGGAAAGUGGUGAAGUGCACCAAGGUCGACACCAAAGAAAUAGUGGCGUUGAAGAUUGCGCAAACAGUACUUCAGAGAAGGCAAAAAAGAGGCAAGAAUGCUGAAGAAAAUCCGACAGCUCGACCCUGAAAGGAACAACCUGCUGAGGUUCAUUGAAAGCUUCACAUAUAAAGGCCACUUUUGUUUGGCCUUUGAAAUGUUGGAUGUGAGCAUCUUUGACUUUAUAAAAGCCAGAGAUUUUGCACCACUCCAUGUAUCUGAAAUCAGAGUCAUUGCUCAACAGCUGCUUGUGGCUUUGAAUGCUUUGAAAAGUGCUGGUCUGGUUCAUGCUGACAUGAAGCCAGACAACAUCAUGUUAGUGAACCAUAAAUCUCAGCCCUUCAAGGUGAAGCUGAUUGACUUUGGGUUGACUAAAAAAGUGUCCAAAUUGUGGCUUGUGGGUACCAUUCAGGCCAUUGGCUACAGAGCCCCUGAAGUCAUCCUAGACUUACCAAGGGAUGAAAGUGUGGACAUGUGGUCUCUGGGCUGCAGUUUGGCCUACAUGUACCUUGGUUACAAUCUCUAUCCGACACACUGUGAAUAUGAGGUCAUUAGGGCUAUCGUUAAGAUACAUGGUCAACCCCAAGAUGAUGUGCUGAAAGAAGCCAUGGAUGUUCAACACUUCUUCACUAAACUCGGGGAAUCCUCUUACCGUAUGUUCAGGCUGAAUACACCAGCAGAAUAUACCAACGCAACAGGGUUUGCUACGCAGCAUAAAUCCGGGAUUUACAACAAUCUGCACUGCCUUGAUGAUCUGCUCAAGACCCGCCCAAGACCUAUGGUCCCAAUAGAGUGUGAAGAUGCACUUGGAUUUAUGAGCCUGCUUAAACAGAUGCUCUUGAUGGAUCCAAAUGUCCGGAUCACAUGUAGAGAGGGUCUCUGUCAUCAUUUCAUAACUAUGAAACAUCUCACAGGUGGUGGAAAUAACCCCUAUAUGGUAUCAGCUUGGAAAAGGGUGGCAGACGCCCAACUUCAAGAGUUUGCAACAGAGCAUUAUGCAAUUUUGAGUAAUGUUUUUAGAAGAGAAAUAAUCCAUUCGAAAAAGAAUGGACAAAUUGAAGAUGCAGCAGGCAGAGUUGCAGAUAAAGAGCAGGUAAGAAGGACCUUAAUCAAAGAGGGGUUCUGCUUUGCAGUUUCCCAAGAAGAUGCAAUCCAGCCUGACACUGCAGCUGAUGGGAGUAAUGAUAAACCCUCAGGUGAAGCUCACACUAACACCUUUGCUUCUAAAACCUUUGAGAAAAUAUUUGUCUCAACACUGAAGAUGACAAACUCUCUUUUAGAUAAGGAGUGGACAGGGAGGACCUUCAUCAAAUUGAGGCCUCGUUUUGUUGCUCACCAAGAAUCAGCAGAAACAGCUGACAAACCAGGCAAGAGUGAAUAUAUACCACUUGAAAAAACAGGACGCAAUACAUGCCAGCAGAAGGACUCUGAGUCAAACACCACAGGAAAAGCUCUAAAAGAGAAAGAGCAGAAAGAAAACACCAUUAUCCAAGUGAAGCCAUAUUCUGCUGUUGAGGAUGAAAGAAAGGACAGAGCCUACAAGGUAGAUGUUCUGUCAGGAAAAGCCAAGGUUCCUGGACCUUCCAAAAAAAGCUGUACUGCAGAGAAAGAAGCCAUUUUCUGCAAAGAAGGGAGACCUUCUGAUCUCGUGGAAGUAAAAACUCGCAAGACACUAAUGAGGAGGGCCUGGAAUAGCUUCUCCCGGCAGAUCGCAUCCAUCUCAUGCAUUAGAGGAUGUGAAUGAAGGAACUGCACACAAAGGCAAAGCCACCACACACAAGACUUUGGAGCUGCCAGAAAUUUCCAAGAAAUUUUCAUCUCUGCACAUCACAAAACCUACUUUAAUUGCAUUACAAAAUUCAAAUAAAUAUUACAUUUAUUUGAUGUGUGUAUUACCUUUAUUGUACAUUAUCAAGAGAAUCUCUUGUUUAAUUUUUUCUAACAGUGAAUAUAUACUUUCGCAGGGAUUUUUGAUCCCUGAAUA